AUGGAGCUGCAGCGGCGAGUAUUGCUUCUGACGUGGACUUUCUUUCUGACCUUCGACGUUGUCAUCAACGCUGAAGCAUCUCAAUGUAUCCAAGAAACAACUCCAGAGAACGAGAAUGAGAAGGUUAAAGAGUUGUUUAAGACUCUUAACAACACAUAUCUUUAUCGGAAAGACACCAAAUCUUCCAAUGAAACUUCGCUGGUUGGAAAACCGACCACAUGUUUGUGGAUGUUCUGGCAGACAAAGGCGAACAUAUCUAACGCCAGCAUCUUUUUGACCUACACAAAUGAAAGGAACAGAACGAUAAUCGAUUUACUAUCCGCGAAAAGUGAAUCUGAAAACACCUUAGAGUUUACGUUCACUGAGGUGGCUUUAGAAGAGUUCCAGAACAGGACGGUGAAAUAUGAGGUUCUGAGUACGAAUUCUUCUUGUAGCAUUUUAAAGAAACCAAAAACCAGCUCAGAAAAGUGUGCGUACUGGGUCCUGUACACGGGUGGAGGUGGCAAGGUUGCAAAAUCGUGCAAACCGCCCAGGAAUCAUACGUGCGAUGUAGAGAUACACACCCUCCGAAACCCUGGGAGAUGCAAGGAAAAGCGCUGA